AUGGAGGAGAAAGAAGAAGAAGGAUUGUUCAGGAAUUGUUCUCCAUCAUUCCGAAGAGAUGAGAGAAAAGAAAGAAUUGUUCUCCAUCAUUUCCGAAGAGAUGAGAGAAAGAAAGUAAGAAGAGAUUGUUCAGGAAUUGUUCUCCAUCAUCUCCGAAGAGAUGAGAGAAAGAAAGUAAGAAGAGAUUGUUCAGGAAUUGUUCUCCAUCAUUUCCGAAGAGAUGAGAGAAAGAAAGUGAAAAGAGAUUGUUCAGGAAUUGUUCUCCAUCAUUUCCGAAGAGAUGAGAGAAAGAAAGUGAAAAGAGAUUGUUCAGGAAUUGUUCUCCAUCAUUUCCGAAGAGAUGAGAGAAAGAAAGUAAGAAGAGAUUGUUCAGGAAUUGUUCUCCAUCAUUUCCGAAGAGAUGAGAGAAAGAAAGUAAGAAGAGAUUGUUCAGGAAUUGUUCUCCAUCAUUUCCGAAGAGAUGAGAGAAAGAAAGUAAGAAGAGAUUGUUCAGGAAUUGUUCUCCAUUAUCUCCGAAGAGAUGAGAGAAAGAAAGUGAAAAGAGAUUGUUCAGGAAUUGUUCUCCAUCAUUUCCGAAGAGAUGAGAGAAAGAAAGUAAGAAGAGAUUGUUCAGGAAUUGUUCUCCAUCAUCUCCGAAGAGAUGAGAGAAAGAAAGUAAGAAGAGAUUGUUCAGGAAUUGUUCUCCAUCAUUUCCGAAGAGAUGAGAGAAAGAAAGUAAGAAGAGAUUGUUCAGGAAUUGUUCUCCAUUAUCUCCGAAGAGAUGAGAGAAAGAAAGUGAAAAGAGAUUGUUCAGGAAUUGUUCUCCAUCAUUUCCGAAGAGAUGAGAGAAAGAAAGUAAGAAGAGAUUGUUCAGGAAUUGUUCUCCAUCAUUUCCGAAGAGAUGAGAGAAAGAAAGUAAGAAGAGAUUGUUCAGGAAUUGUUCUCCAUCAUUUCCGAAGAGAUGAGAGAAAGAAAGUAAGAAGAGAUUGUUCAGGAAUUGUUCUCCAUUAUCUCCGAAGAGAUGAGAGAAAGAAAGUGAAAAGAGAUUGUUCAGGAAUUGUUCUCCAUCAUUUCCGAAGAGAUGAGAGAAAGAAAGUAAGAAGAGAUUGUUCAGGAAUUGUUCUCCAUCAUUUCCGAAGAGAUGAGAGAAAGAAAGUAAGAAGAGAUUGUUCAGGAAUUGUUCUCCAUCAUUUCCGAAGAGAUAAGAGAAAGAAAGUAAGAAGAGAUUGUUCAGGAAUUGUUCUCCAUCAUUUCCGAAGAGAUGAGAGAAAGAAAGUGAAAAGAGAUUGUUCAGGAAUUGUUCUCCAUCAUUUCCGAAGAGAUGAGAGAAAGAAAGUGAAAAGAGAUUGUUCAGGAAUUGUUCUCCAUCAUUUCCGAAGAGAUGAGAGAAAGAAAGUAAGAAGAGAUUGUUCAGGAAUUGUUCUCCAUCAUCUCCGAAGAGAUGAGAGAAAGAAAGUAAGAAGAGAUUGUUCAGGAAUUGUUCUCCAUCAUUUCCGAAGAGAUAAGAGAAAGAAAGUAAGAAGAGAUUGUUCAGGAAUUGUUCUCCAUCAUUUCCGAAGAGAUGAGAGAAAGAAAGUGAAAAGAGAUUGUUCAGGAAUUGUUCUCCAUCAUUUCCGAAGAGAUGAGAGAAAGAAAGUGAAAAGAGAUUGUUCAGGAAUUGUUCUCCAUCAUUUCCGAAGAGAUGAGAGAAAGAAAGUGAAAAGAGAUUGUUCAGGAAUUGUUCUCCAUCAUUUCCGAAGAGAUAAGAGAAAAAAAGUGAAAAGAGAUUGUUCAGGAAUUGUUCUCCAUCAUUUCCGAAGAGAUGAGAAAAAGAAAGUAAGAAGAGAUUGUUCAGGAAUUGUUCUCCAUCAUUUCCGAAGAGAUGAGAGAAAGAAAGUGAAAAGAGAUUGUUCAGGAAUUGUUCUCCAUCAUUUCCGAAGAGAUGAGAGAAAGAAAGUGAAAAGAAAUUGUUCAGGAAUUGUUCUCCAUCAUUUCCGAAGAGAUGAGAGAAAGAAAGUAAGAAGAGAUUGA